UUCCGCCCCUCCGCCUGUUUCCAAAGCCUGGGCUCUUUGGAGUGGCUGAAGCUGCGGAGCGCUUCUGGAGCCUGUGAAUGAACACUCCUCCUCUCCCUCCUCCUUCUCGCUGAGUCUCCUCCUCGGCGCUGACGGUACAGUGAUAUAAUGACGAUGGGUGUCACAACCCGCAUUUGAACUUGCAGGCGAGCUGCCCCGAGCCUUUCUGGGGGAAGAACUCCAGGCGCGCGGGCGCAGCAGCCGCGAGCAUUGGGUGCUGUGGACAGGCGCAGCGACCGGGAUCUGCGGCGAGCGGUGCAUCCUCCCUCACCUCCAGCUCCGUCCCGCACUCGCCACAUCCUUCCCCAGGCCACCGCGCUUCCUAUGUGAUCUGCCGGGGCAAGGCGGAGCCCAUCCUCACAGCUCAGCAGUGAAUUCCCCCACAAACUGCAGCAAGUCGCCUUUCAAGGACAAGAUGUUGCUAAAUAUGAAAAGCGUCUUAUGGAUGUGCUCAAUCUUAUUAGUAACCCAUGCACUACAUAAAGCGAAACUGGAAGAAAGCCCCCCUGUUAAAGGCUCUCUGUCUGGAAAAGUGAGCUUACCUUGCCAUUUUUCCACCAUGCCUACCUUGCCGCCCAAUUACAACACGAGUGAAUUUCUCAGAAUCAAAUGGUCCAAGAUGGAAGUGGACAAAAAUGGAAAAGACCUAAAAGAGACUACUGUCCUGGUGGCCCAAGAUGGCAAUAUCAAGAUUGGUCAGGACUACAAAGGGCGAGUGUCAGUGCUUACGCACCCUGAGGAUGUGGGUGAUGCCUCCCUCACCAUGGUCAAACUCCGUGCCAGUGAUGCAGGUGUCUACCGCUGUGAUGUCAUGUAUGGGAUUGAAGACACUCAGGACACCAAGUCACUGACUGUGGAUGGAGUCGUAUUCCACUACAGGGCAGCGACCAGUAGAUACACUCUGAACUUUGCGAUGGCUCAACAGGCUUGCCUGGACAUUGGGGCAGUGAUAGCAACACCAGAGCAGCUCUUCGCUGCCUAUGAAGAUGGAUUUGAGCAGUGUGACGCAGGAUGGCUGUCUGAUCAAACUGUUAGGUACCCCAUAAGGGCUCCCAGAGAAGGCUGCUAUGGAGACAUGAUGGGGAAGGAGGGGGUCAGGACCUAUGGAUUCCGCUCUCCCCAUGAAACCUACGAUGUGUAUUGUUAUGUGGACCAUCUGGAUGGUGAUGUGUUUCACAUCACUGCUCCCAAUAAAUUCACCUUUGAGGAGGCCGAAGAAGAGUGUGAAAACCAGGAUGCCAGGCUGGCGACUGUUGGGGAGCUUCAUGCAGCUUGGAGGAACGGCUUUGACCAAUGUGAUUACGGGUGGUUGUCCGACGCCAGUGUGCGGCACCCUGUGACUGUGGCCAGGGCCCAGUGUGGAGGUGGUCUACUUGGGGUGAGAACCCUGUAUCGUUUUGAGAACCAGACAUGCUUCCCUCUCCCUGAUAGCAGAUUUGAUGCCUACUGCUUUAAACCUAAACAGAAUGUAUCAGAGGCAACCACCAUCGAAAUGAAUAUCCUCGCAGAAACUGCAUCACCCAGUUUAUCCAAAGAACCACACAUGGUACCUGACAGAGCUACACCAACCAUUCCAUUAGUCACCGAAUUACCUAUCAUUACCACACACUUCCCUCCUGCAGGAAAUAUAGUCAAUUUUGAACAGAAAUCUGUAGUCCAGUCUCAGGCUAUCACAGACAGAUUAGCCACUGAAUCACCUACCCCUGCUAGGAGUACCAAGAACCAUUGGGAUAUGGAUGACUACUUACCUUCUGGGUCGGGACCACUUGGAAUGCCAGAUACAUCUGAAAUUAAGGAGGAAGGACUCCAUAGUACAACUGUCAUCUCCCAACAUGCUACUGGCUCACAGGAUGGAAUCACAGAGGAUAUGCAAACACAUGAAUCAGUUACACAGAUUGAACAAAUAGAAGUGGGCCCCUUAGUAACGUCCACAGAAAUCACAAAGCACAUUUCUUCCAAGGUAUUGCCAGAAACUGAAACAACAUUUGAAUCCAUGGAAGUGACCCCAGAACACAAAACUGAAAUGCCAACAGUAAGCACCAGUCCUGAACUGGAGACCACAAGUCACUAUGGAUUCACCUUGAGAGAAGAUGAAGACAGAACUCUGACAGUUAGAUCUGGUCAGAGCACCCAGGUCUUCAGCCAAAUACCAGAAGUCAUCACAAUAUCAAAGACAUCAGAAGACUCUACUCACUCCCAGCCAGGGGACCUAGAGUCCAUUUCAUUGUCAACAGUUGUUUCACCUGUAAGUAUGCUUGCCAUAGAUGGAUCACUCAUAGAUAAAGAGAAAGAACAAAAAGCCAAUGGUAAAACGACUGAAGAGCCUUUUGGUCAACCACAGCCUACAACCCCCUUUCCAUCAGAGCAUCUUACAGAAGUAGAGUUGCCUCCCUAUUCUGGUGACAUGAUAUCAGUAGAGGGAAUAACCACAGUUAUUUAUCCCCCAUUACACACAGGAGUGGUGCACGGAAGUGAAAGAACAGAAACACCAAUACCAGAGUUGGAAAGAGAUACUUACACAGUUGAUGAGAUACAACAGAAGAGCACUAAAGAUCCAUUUACAGGUACAAUAGAAGAAGACUUCUCUGGAAUGAAGCCCUCUACAGCUUCACCAGAAAAAAAUCAUUUUACAGAUCCUUCAGUGGAAGAAUCUGUUUCCCCAGCAUUGACAACUGGGAAGUUAAGUGUGAAGCCAACAGAUGCAAGAGCUGUAGAAGAAAUGGCGACUCUGACUAGAUUAGAAACAGAUGUUACAAAGCACCACAAAGAUGUUACAAUAGCCCAUUUGACCCACAGUACUCUAAAUGUGGAAGUGGUCACAGUAUCAAAAUGGUCAUGGGAUAAAGAUAAUUCAACUUCCAAACCUUCUGCCUCAACAGAACCUGCCGGCUCUACUAAAUUACCCCCUGUCUUACUUAGCACUAUGGGAACAAUUGGGGAGGAUAAAGAAACCCCAAGUUUCACAGAUGUAGGAGACCGAUAUACUCUUUUCCCAGAUAGUACUAAAACACCAUUAGAAAGGGUUUCGGAGGCAGAUUCAACGUCGGGAGCAUUUACAGUCACGUUUCAGCCAGCUACAUCACUUGGCAGUGCUGAAAAGUCUACUUUGACAGAGUCUACAACUGAAGACAGAGUUCUGCCCGCCACAAGCAUGGGACACCAAGUCACUGUCGCAACUGUGGAAGGAAGUGCUUCAGGCGAAGAUAUGGAUGCCUCCAAACCAGUCUUUACUGUCCCCCCGUUUGCACACACCUCCGACGUGGAAGGACUGGCAUUUGUUAAUUAUAGUAGCACCCAGGAGCCCACCACUUAUGUAGACAUGUCCCACACUAGUCCUCUUUCUGUAUUUCCCAAGACGGAAUGGAGUGUGUUGGAAUCCUCUGUUCCCCUGGAAUCUGAGGUUCUAGGCAAAUCUGAUCAGGAUGUCAUUGAACAGACUCACCUGGAAGCAACCACAUCUCCUGAAGCUUUGCGAACAACAGAAAUCAUACAGGGAGAAACCCCGGAAGAACCACAAACCAUAAGUUCUACUGCACUAAUGACCAAGGAGACAACAGUGUUAACAGAAGAGGGGGAGGGAUCAGCAUACACUGCUGUCUCUGAAGACAGAUGGGUGACAGGGUUUGAGAGAGUCCCAGUUUUAGAAACAACUGUAGUGGGAACAAUUGAGCAUGGCACAUCUUCUCCACCCGGUGCUAUAACAAAGCACAAAGUGGAAAUGGAGACAAUGGUAACUCUAACAUCAACCACUAGGCCAAAAGGUGUUCUAAGUACAGAGCCAGAAUUAAAUUAUGAAGCAGAAGGUAGUAGUCUAACGGAAUUUGCAUCAACUUUGAGGCCCUUCAGGACUCAUGUCACACAGCUUAUGGAGGAAGCUACUGAGGAAGGAAAGAAGCCAACCCCAGACUAUGCAGAUUUAGGCUCAGGAUUAUUUGAAAGGCCCAGAGCCACCGAACUCCCAGAAUCUCCAGUAGUUCCAAGUGAUAUCAGUGCCUUCACGUCUGUAGACAGCCUUCACAGAACUCCACCAUUCAAGCCCUCUUCUUCAUUCACCAAAGAACCACCUGUCAGUGAGAGGGAGCCCAGUGAGAGGACAACGGGUGACAUUACACUUCCUGGGGAAUCUGUAACACAGCACCCUUCCACAACCCCCAUCGAUAUCACAGCUAAGGCAACGGAAGCUGAUAUUGAUCAGGAGUAUCACAUGACCUCAAGGCCUCCCGUAACACAGCCAACAGGACCAUCCACUGUGGCAAGAAAAACGACCUCCAAACCUCAGGCAUUGUCUACUCCACCACCUCCGUCAGGGACAAAAUCCCAGCCUGAUAUAAAUGUGUAUAUUAUUGAGGUCAGAGAAAACAAGACAGGUCGAAUGAGUGAUAUGGUUGUGAAUGGUCAUCCAAUAGAUUCAGAGCCUAAAGAAGAUGAGCCAUGCAGUGAAGAAACAGACCCACUGCAUGAUCUGUUUGCUGAAAUUUUACCUGAAUUACCAGAUUCCUUUGAAAUAGACAUAUAUCACACUGAGGAAGAUGACGAAGAAGAGGAGGAGGACUGUGCAAAUGCAACGGAUGUCACAACCACCCCCUCAGUGCAGUACAUCAAUGGGAAGCAGCUUGUCACCACCGUGCCGAAGGACCCGGAAGCUGCAGAAGCUAGGCGUGGACAGUAUGAAAGUGUUGCCCCUUCUCAUAAUUUCUCAGACAGUUCUGCAAGUGAGACCCAACAGUUUAUAAUAGCAGAAACGGAAUUGUCCACUGCAAUGCAAUUUAACCAAUCUGAAGAAGCCACCGAAUUGUUAGAAAUCACAUGGAAACCUGAGACUUACCCUGAAACACCAGAACACUUUUCAAGCGGUGAGCCUGAUCUUUUGCCUACAAUCCCAUCCCAUGAUGGCAAAACCACUAAAUGGGCAGAGUCCAUCACAGAAAGUAGGCCAAACCUUGAAAAUCCAGAGCACCAGCAGCCCAAGCCUAUACCUCUGUCUCCUGAAGAGUCUUCAGGAGAGGGUGCCAUUGACCAAGUAUCUCAAAAAACAAUCUUCUCUGGGGCUACAGAAGUAGCAUUUGGCAAAGAGGCAGAACAAAGUCCUACCAUAACUACCUCUAAUAUACUUUCAAGUUCUGUGUCUGUAAACGUCUCUGAGGAAGAAUCAGUUACCCUAACAGGAACCCCACAGACUGAUAACUCCUUGUCUACUGUGGACAGCUGGGUAGAGAUGACAUCUAAGCAAACUAUAGAGUUCUCAGGGAGUUUUCCAGCCCCGAUUAUGGAAGGGUCUGGGGAAGUAGAAGAAUAUGAAAAUAAAAUCUUCACUGUGGUAACUGAUUUACCACAGGGAAAUCCUCCAGAUACACUCGCCCCUUUGGAUGUGGGUGAGAUAAUGAUCACAGAUGGCCAUGUCUACAGUCCUGAAACCAGCACUUCUUUGGAGUCAGAGCUCCCCUCUACAGGUGGAAGACCUUCACAGUUUGUAAUGCCAACAGAUGCUUCUGAGUGGGUUUCCGGUACAUCUUUUGAAGAAAGGACAAGAAAAGAAGGGAAAGAGGAAACUACAAAGGCGGUCCCUGUCGCUGAAGUCCAAUCACCAACACAGAGGUCGAAUCACUUCAUUUUACCUCCGGGAUUAGAAAGCUCAAAUGGAGCUGCAGCAAGUGAUUCAGCUCCCUGGGAAAGUUUCACACCAGAGACAACACCCAUACAGGUUGAACAGGAAAUGGCAAAUUCUACUCCUGCUUUUAAAGAAACAGAUGAUUGGGUCAGUUUGGAGGCACAGAUCUCUGAGCAUAGUAGUAGCAGUCAGCCCCUGGUCCAGGAAGUGCAGCCCACUCUCUCACAGUGGCCCACCUUUCUUUCUAUGGAACAGGGCUCAGGAGAUGCUGGUGCUGAUGGAGAAUCCACAACUGCUUCGUUUUUAUUAACUUUAGAGUCUGAAACCCCAGUCGACAAAGAAUUACCCAGUACUCUGUCUCCCAGUGUGGAAACUGCAUCCACCUCUGAGCCAACAGGAUUGGCUCUGAAUACUGUACAGGGUAGAGGAGUUGCUGAAGUUAUGAACCAGGCAUCUGAGGAAACCCUGACUUCAGAAGUACCAGGAAAGCCAACUCCCCAGGCAGAAGGAAGGGAUUUUUCUGCAGCCUUUCCUUUGGGAGAAGAUUAUAGUGGUGACUUUAGUGAAGCUUCAACAGUGUCUUAUCCAAUAACAAAAGAGGAGAGAGUGGGGACGGGAGGCUCUGAGAAAGACCGAGUUAGGGAUGUGCAGACUUCAUCAUCUAUACCACCUACCUCAGAUGACAUCAACCCAGUGCCUGCCGCAAAAGAGCUCAGUGGUACCAUGGCCAGCAUCUCAGCCUUCCCCUGGGAAGAGUUCAUCGCCUCAGCUGAGGGCUCUGGUGAGCAGUUGGCCUCAGUCAGCAGCUCUGUUGACCCGGUGCUUCCCCUUGCUGUGGACACUUUUUCUGGUACAGAGUCUCCAUUUUUUGAUGAAGGAUUUCAAGAAGUGGGUGCUGUGACAGAAGCAGAUAAAAGAUCCAUUGCCUUGUCCACAGCAGAAACUGGAAAUUCUGUCGAUCCGACAGAAAAUGGGGACAUACAGGUAAAUGGCACAAUUUCAGUGGACUUUCCCCAAACAAUGGAGCCAGCCAAAUUAUGGUCUAAACAGGAAGUCAAUCCUGUAAAACAAGCGACCAAAACUGAAACAGCAUCUGAGGACAAAACUCCAGAGCGAACGACUUUUGACUCUCUCCACAGUUCUCUUGCACCAGAACAAAGAAUUUUGGAAUCCCAAACACUUCCUGAAGCUAGACUCCAAACUUCAGAUUACUCUGUGCUAACAACUAAGACAACAUACAACACUAAUGAGGAAAUGGGGCCAGAAAUGGCCAUAGCUCAUCAGUCUACUCCACAUCCAGGGAUAAAAGGCUCAGAAUCACAUACUACUCCUCCUGAAGCUACUGGGAAGUCACAUUCUUUCCUAGCUACUUCUUUAGUGACUGAAUCUAUACCAGCUACAAGUGUAGUCAUGGAUACCUCAACCCAAAAUGUAGAAAGUCUACAACUCUUUGAAAAGGUUAUGAAGCCAACAAUUAAAGAGUCAAAUAUUGAUCUCUCAUUCUCUGGACUGGGAUCAGGGGAGGCCUUGCCCCCUCUACCUACAACAUCAGUGAGUUUGACUGAAAUGGAGCAGAUCCUUAGCACGUUGUAUCCUGAGACAUCUCACACGGAUAGUUUAGGAACAAACAUUUUAAGUGAUAAAGUGGAAGAUGAUGUAAGAAUAGGAAAUGAGACAGGUGAAGUUAGAACGCUCAUUUCCAAAACAGAUAGUAAGGAAGUGCCCCACACAACUUGGAGUGGUGGUGGAACAGAAGGACCUACUGCUUCACCUCUGCCUUUCACCCAGCACAUGGACAUAGAGCAUUCUCCAAAUCAGACCCUCAGGUGGGAAGAGGAAAUGCAGACACACAGACCACAAACCUUGACUGAACAGAUCUCUACUGAUAAUUCUUCAACAUCAGAAACUGAAGCAGCAGCAACCUCUUCCACUGUUUUUCUAGAUCGAACUUAUAAUAUCAACAUGACCAAUGCAUUGGCUGCAUCAGCAUCAAAACAAGCUGAUGUCUUUGAUGUGAAUUCCGGAGAAGGGUCUGGAGAAGUGGAUGCUCUUGAUUUAAUGUACACCUCUGGACCUACUCAGGCAACCAGUCACGGAGACAGCAUGUUUGCUUCUGAUGGAUUCCUGGAAAAGCAUCCAGAGGUGUCAAGGAAUGAGGCUGGAGCAACUGAUGGACCAACAGCUUCAGCAAUGCUACCGCAUCACUCAGAGUACAAUGAGAAUGCCCUGCAUUCAACUAGCACGCCGCCAAGCAUGGUGCUGUAUGAGAGUCCCACAGAAGGUAUUGUAGGCGGUUUGCAAGACCACAUCAGAUUUGAAGGUUUUACCUUGAAACCUAACCGAAGAAAACCCACUGAAAACAUUAUUAUAGAUCUAGACAAAGAGGAUAGUAAAGAUUUAGGAUUGACAAUUACUGAGAGUGCUAUUGUUGAAAUUCUACCUGAGCUGACAUCAGAUAAAAACAUUAUUAUAGACAUUGAUCACACUAAACCUGUAUAUGAGUACAUCCCUGGGAUACAAACAGACCUAGAUCCAGAGAUGCCACUGGGAUCACAGGGAAGUAAUGAAGAAACCCUUCAAGUUCAAGAGAAGUACGAGACAGCUGUUAACCUUUCUACAACUGAGGAAGCCUUUGAGGGCUCUGGUGAUGCCCUUUUUGCUGGCUACAGGCAAGCAAUGUACAAUGAGUCCGUAAGUUCUGAGGAUAUAAAGCAUCCAGAGCACACAAGCUUUAACUUUGCAACUGGGAUCCCAGUUCCCAGCAUAGAAACAGAAUUAGAUACUUUCCUUCCCACAGUGUCAACCCUGCACACCCCUAGUAAGCUAACCACAGUUGGUCCAGAAAUUGAAAAACCCAAAAUAGAAGUGGUAUCUCUGGAUGAUAUAUUUGAAUCUAGCACCUUGUCGGAUGGCCAAGCUAUUGCAGACCAAAGUGAAGUAAUAUCAACACUGGGUCAUUUAGAAAGGACACAGGAAGAAUAUGAAGAGAAGAAAUACAGAGGGCCUUCUUUCCAGCCUGAAUUCUUUUCAGGAGCGGGGGAGGCAUGGACAGGUCCCCCUGCUUAUGUAAGUAUUGGUAGUACCCGCCUAGUGGCUCAGCACUUGACAGAGACCCCUGAUGUGACAGGAGGAUCUGACUCCACACAUGGAGGAACACCUGCAGUUUUCUCUCUGGCAGAGUUGUCACCACAGACACCACGGUCCCCCUUUCCUGUCUAUGUAGACAGUGGAGUCUCCGAAUACCCAGAGGUUCCCCACACAAGUGCUCACCUGGGUUCUGGUGCUGCCACAUCACAAAUACCUAUGGAUGGUUCUUUUAAGGAAGUCCGUGCUAAUAUUGAAGCAACCAUCAAGACAUCCAGUGAAAAAGAUUUCCACAGCACUGAGUCUCCAUUCUUGUCUCCUGAUACUACAUCAGAUAUUUCAGAAGGUGAAACUAAGCCUAACUUACUAGAAGAACAGGAAACUGCUCCCACCAAACUAAUUGUUGAAGAAGAAACGGAGACCUCCCAAGAUUCCCCAAACAAAGCCAAUGAUCCAGGAGAAACAAUUGGAAUGUCUCCCAGUGUAAAAACACUGGAGAGUGGACCUGGCCUUACAGCUGCAGAUGACACUGAGUUAGUAGGUGCUAUACAGUGGCCACAUCCCACUUCUGCUUCUGUGGCUUUCAGGGUUGAGACAGGUGUGGUACCUCAGCCCAUUCCACAGAAGCCUGAGGAGCCCACCUUUCCUUCCUUGGAAAUUAAUCAGGAAACAUACACAUCUUUAAUUGGAGAAGACUCCAUAACAGCAGCAUCUGAAAAUCAAGUGUCAAAAAGAAUUCUUGCUCACAAUAACCAGGCAACAGUCAGCACUCUGGAUCUAAAUACUCCCCAUUCCAUACCACCAUUUUCCAUUCUGGACAAUUCUAAUGAAACUGCUUUCCUGAUUGGCAUUAAUGAAGAGUCCGUGGAAGGCACAGCAGUUUAUCUACCAGGACCUGAUCACUGCAAAACGAAUCCAUGCCUCAAUGGAGGCACCUGCUAUCCUACGGAGACUUCCUAUGUGUGCACCUGUGUACCUGGAUUCAGUGGAGACCAGUGUGAACUGGAUUUUGAUGAAUGUCAUUCUAACCCUUGUCGAAAUGGAGCCACUUGUGUGGAUGGUUUUAAUACAUUUAAGUGCCUCUGCCUUCCAAGUUAUGUUGGUGCCCUGUGUGAACAAGACACUGAGACUUGUGAUUACGGCUGGCACAAAUUCCAAGGGCAGUGCUACAAAUACUUUGCUCAUCGCCGCACAUGGGAUGCUGCUGAAAGGGAAUGUCGUCUACAGGGCGCCCACCUCACCAGCAUCCUGUCUCAUGAGGAACAAAUGUUUGUGAAUCGUGUGGGUCAUGAUUACCAGUGGAUAGGCCUCAAUGACAAGAUGUUUGAACACGACUUCCGCUGGACUGAUGGCAGCACCCUGCAAUACGAGAACUGGAGACCCAACCAGCCAGACAGCUUCUUUUCCUCGGGAGAAGACUGUGUUGUGAUCAUUUGGCAUGAGAAUGGCCAGUGGAAUGACGUUCCCUGCAAUUACCAUCUCACCUACACCUGCAAGAAGGGAACAGUUGCUUGCGGCCAGCCCCCUGUUGUAGAAAAUGCCAAGACCUUUGGAAAGAUGAAACCACGUUAUGAAAUCAACUCCUUGAUUAGAUAUCACUGCAAAGACGGUUUCAUUCAGCGUCACCUUCCAACUAUCCGAUGUCUAGGAAAUGGGAGAUGGGCUAUGCCUAAAAUAACCUGCAUGAACCCAUCUGCAUACCAAAGGACUUAUUCUAAGAAAUACUUUAAAAAUUCCUCAUCUGCAAAGGACAAUUCCAUAAACACUUCCAAACAUGAGCAUCGCUGGAGCCGGACGUGGCAGGGAUCAAGGCGCUGAUCCUCAAAAAUGGCGACCAUGUGCUUCAUCGUUUCAGCCAAAGUCCUGACUUUCCGUGCCUUUCCUAGCACCUCAAGAAGUAUUAGCAGUUGGUUUGGAUUUGGGGACUGCUGUCUGGUCAUUUGGGGUUGCUGUGCUCUUAAAGUAUUUUCAAUGAAACAUGGAAUUAAGAGAAAAAAAAAGUGAAUAAAAUGAAAGCAAAUGAGUGAAGAAAGUACCCAUUUCCAGCCUAUCUAAUUUCUUUAGUUCUCUCUCUGCCUCCAGGGCAGACCAUUUCCUGUAUGCCAGCCUACUGUACUAUUUAAAAAACAAUGCAAUUUCAGCACCGAUGGCCGUGUAAAUAAGAUGAUUUAAUGUUGAUUUUAAUCCUGUAUAUAAAAAUAAAACAUCACACUGAGUUCAAGCAUAUUUAAUGAUGAUUAUGGAGCUUUCUAGGCCUUUAAUCAUUGGUUUGGCUGCUUUGUUAUAGUUUGCUUAGGCUGGAAAUGGUUUUGUCUGCCCAUUGCCUAUGGGCCAGUUUGAGGACAGCUUUCCUGGACAGCCAGCAAACAGAGUCUUCUGGGUCUUUGCAUCUAUAUCAGAAGCCGUGCUUGUCCAAGCUAAUGCCGGCAGAUGGGAGACUGAAGAAACUCGAAGCUCCAGGAUGUGACCCUGCUUUGCCAUGUUCCUUUUUCUUCACUCACAAGAAGGGCCCGAAUGGAGGACUUUUCUAUGACCUGGAACUUUUUUUAGGGGUCAAAAUGCUAAUUAUUAACUCAACCAGGUUUCCUUUAUAAUGGCUUUCUUAACACUAAUGCUGGUAAGGUAACAGAUCAAGGCAUUUGGAACGGAUGUAGACCAAGGGUUUAUACCUUGUUGUGGAGGGUGGGGGGUUCUUAAAAAAACAGCACUCCUGAAAAAAAAACCCUCCAUUUUGUACAUAUAACCAUUUUAAUCCUUUAUAAAUUUUUGAAUGUUCAUGUAUGAAUGCUGCAGCUGAGAAGCACACGUAAAUAAAUGAAGUAAGCCAUACGGAUUUAAUUUAUUGGAUGUUAUUUUCCCCAAGACCUGAAAUCAAUAUAGUAUGCUAGUCAUUUUUCAGCAUUAGCUUUUAUACUUUCUUCACAGUUUGAAACCCCAUAAUUUAGGUACCAUGUUCCUGAUUCAAUCAUGUGAUGAAGAGAAUGCUUCAAGUGUUUGUUCCAGAGAAUGGAAAAGCAUUUAGCUUUCAGUAAGUGGUGUUUACCCAUUCCAAGAAAGAGUGUAAGUGUAGAAAUAGUGUGGGUAUUUCUUCCAGUUAGGUGGCGUGUAUGUGCUGAAGUUUUUGCUCCUCUCUGCCCAUCCCAUUUGCCCCUUAUAGUGGUCACUGAAGACGACAUUGAAUCAUUACCCAGAUAUUUUAGGUGGAGAGAGCAAACCACUAUUGGAAAGAGGGCACUUAAGGCUUUUUCACAAAGUUCAUUUAGAGCAACUUUAAGAAAAAUGACAAGUAAAAUGUCAACAGAAACCAAACUUUAAAAUCACAUAAUGUGUACAAGCAUGGAACCAUCAUAGGGUGUCCCAUAAACAUAGAUAAAUUUUAUGAUUUACACAUGAGAUCAAAGUAAAUUUUCAAUAAUGGAAAAAGAUCAGACUGGGGUGGCCCUAUGUUGAUAGUUUUUCAUGAAACUGCCUUUGGCUUAGAAGGAAUAACUGUGCUUCACAAGCAUACAGAGUGUCUUAGGCAAGAUCCUGGGUCUCCGCAGUAAGCAUAGCCCAUCCUUAUGUGUUCUAGAGCACAGGAGAUCACUGUGUUGACUUAGUAGAACUUUUUUCUUUUUCAUUACAAUGCACAUAAUCCUUCCCUGUAUUUAUAUUAUAACAUGUAUAGUGUAAAAUGUGAAUGACUUUUUUGUGAAUGAAAAUCUAAAAUCUUUGUAACUUUUUAUAUCUGCUUUUGUUUCACCAAAGAAUCCUAAAAAUCCUUCUUUUACUA